CCUGCUCUCUAAUACAUCUGCAAGACAUCACCCUCUCCUGAAACUUUAGUCACUCCUGAGAAUCCACGGGAGUGCAGAGAGGGGGGAACACGUUUUCUUGAAGAUGUUUUAAAGCUGGAACAAGCCUCCUUCUGUUGAUGCUUGAACUCUUGCCGGGGAAUAACUCUCUUAAAAAAAAAAAACAUUUUUUAAAAACCCACUUUGAUUCUUCUCUCCCACCCCUUCUUCUCUCUUCUGUUUGCCUAACUCCCCCGCCCUGCUGGCCUCCCCUUUUCCCCUCUCCCCCUUAUUCUUACGUUUAGGGUGCGCGUGGUGCGGAUGCGUUUUGAGAAUUGAUUUUUCUUUUUCUCCUGACCUAAACAGGGUAACUUUUUAAGUUUACUUUUUGGUGUGGAUUAUCUCUGUUUGGACCGCGCCGGACUUGGCUUCAGGAAAGCAACCAAGGCUGCGGAAGGCUACGGGUGCAGAGCUCUCUGCUCUGCAAAAGGGGUCCCCGCCCUUUCCCCCACUUUCUCUCUCUCUCUCUCUCUCUCUCUCUCUCUCUCUCACUUGCGCGCUCUCUCUCUCUCUCUCUCUCUCUCUCUCUCUCUCUCUCUCUCUCCACUCCCCCUCUCUCUUCCCUACUCGCCUCCUCUCCCCCCUCACCCCCACAGCCUUUGGUGUUGAUUCGAGCGGGAAGAGGGGGGUGGGUGGGAUCGAGGGGGGACCAUGACCUCCAGCUACGGGCACGUUCUGGAGCGGCAGCCGGCGCUGGGCGGCCGCUUGGACAGCCCGGGCAACCUCGACACCCUGCAGGCGAAAAAGAACUUCUCCGUCAGUCACCUGCUAGACCUGGAGGAGGCCGGGGACAUGGUGGCAGCACAGGCUGACGAGAGCGUGGGCGAGGCGGGCAGGAGCCUGCUGGAGUCCCCGGGUCUGACCAGCGGCAGCGACACCCCGCAGCAGGACAAUGAUCAGCUGAACUCAGAGGAGAAAAAGAAGAGAAAGCAACGAAGAAACAGGACAACAUUCAACAGCAGUCAGCUACAGGCUUUGGAGCGUGUCUUUGAGCGGACACACUACCCUGAUGCAUUUGUGAGAGAAGACCUUGCCCGCCGGGUGAACCUCACUGAGGCCAGAGUGCAGGUGUGGUUCCAGAAUCGAAGAGCCAAGUUCCGCAGGAAUGAGAGAGCCAUGCUGGCCAAUAAAAACGCUUCCCUCCUCAAGUCCUACUCAGGAGACGUGACUGCUGUGGAGCAGCCCAUCGUACCUCGGCCUGCUCCCAGGCCCACCGAUUAUCUCUCCUGGGGGACAGCCUCUCCGUACAGAUCCUCGUCCCUCCCAAGAUGUUGUUUACACGAGGGGCUUCAUAACGGAUUCUAACGGAAGACACUGAAAAGCGCCAUGGCUACUUAUUCUGCCACAUGUGCCAACAAUAGCCCUGCACAGGGUGUCAACAUGGCCAACAGCAUUGCCAACCUGAGACUGAAGGCCAAGGAAUAUAGUUUACAGAGGAACCAGGUGCCAACAGUCAACUGAGGAAAAACAAUAAUUAAACAGGCCUAAGAAGAAAUCAAAAACCAUAAGACACCUAUCCUGCUCUGUCAUUUCUUCCUCCGCUGGAAAAAAAAAGUAAAACAAACAAAACAGAACCAAAAUAUUGGGACCAUGGCAGAAAAAAGCAGGAGAGGAGCAAAAUGAAAAUUAGUUAAGAAAUGUUCCUCCUCCCUCUGGAGUACCACCGCCAUUUGUUUCUGUAUGUGUUUAUUUUGUUUUUCCCUCUGUUCAUGCUUUGCUUAAUAUACUCUAAGCUUCUUCAGUUAGAUUCAGCCCACUCAUCCUGUAACUAUAUGAGGCUUUCAGAAAAUCUUCAG